AAGCAUCGCCCCUUUAAGAGCGGUCCCCACCCUCCAUUACCGCUUUAAGAACCAUCAAGAAGUCCUCCAAGAGGACCAGAGCGGCUUUAACCACGCCCACUUCCGGCGGCGCUCUACCCCACUUCCGCUCUUUUUCCGUAACCAAAAUGGCCGCUUCCGUUUCGCCUAAAAUGGCGGCGGCCACAUUGGAGCGGCUCCUUGAGGAGCUCCUGGAGCCCGACAGCGCAAAAAUCCGUCAGGCCUCGGAGCGGCUGCGGGAGGCGCUGAUGGAGCCGGACGGGCCCGAGGCGCUCGCGGAGGUGCUGAGGGGAGCGGAGAGGCCGCAGAUCCGACAUUUGGCCGCGGUUCUGCUCCGGAGGCGCCUCCGGAAAUUCCCCUCAGAGUUGAUUGACAGGCUCCCUCACGUCUUGGUCGAAGCUUUGGAACGGGAGACGGACUCGUCCAGCAGAGGGUCCCUGGCCCAACUCGGGGCGCGGCUGCUGCUCCUGGGGGGCCUCAAAUUUUGGGAACCGGUGGAAAAAUGGAUCCAGGAGGCGGCAAAAGACCCCCAAAAAAUAGAGGGGGCGCUGCGGCUGGUGGGCGUGGCCGUGGGCGUGGCCGGCCCCGCCCUUUCCGGCCUUGGCCCCGCCCACCUGCGGCUGUGCCGGGGGGGGCUCCGGGCCCGGGGGGACCCCAAAACUCUGGGGGCGGCCCUGGGGACCCUCGGGGCGCUGCUGGGGACCCUCCGACCGCCCAUUUUGCGCUCGCUGCUCCCGGACGUCCUCGAGGCCCUUCAGGAGCUGCUGAGCCUGGACGAGGAUCGCGGCGCCGACGCUUUGGAGAUUCUGGAUGAAUUCCUGGAAGUCAAUCCCGAAUCUGUGAUCCCUCACCUGAAGCCCCUGCUGGAACUCUGCCUCCAGGUGGCCGGGGACGAGUGCAGAGGUGACGGCGUCAGGGUCAGGGCAUUGGCCACGCUGACGUUCCUGGCACAGAAGAGACCCAAAGCCCUGCUCCGGGGGGGGCUCCUGCCCCUCCUCCUCCGGGGGCUCCUGGUCCCUCUUUGUGCCCAAAUUCGGCCCGAAAAUCCCGACCCGGAGGAGACUUGGGGGGGGGAGGGGCAGCCCUGCCCCCGCCACGGCGCCGCUCAGGUUCUGGACGCUCUGGCCCAGGGACUGCCCCCCGAAAAGCUGCUCAAGGAAUUGUUGCCGCUGCUGGAGGGGCCGGCCCGAGGCGGAAGCGCGGGCGGCCGCAAAGGGGCUCUGCUGGCGCUGACUGCGCUUGCGCGGGGCUGCGGCCCCGCCCUGCGGCGGCGGUACGUGGGCGUGGUCUUGGGGGCCCUGCGGGCCGGGCUGGGAGACCCCGAUGGCGCCGUCAGGGGGGCGGCGGCCGCGGCCCUGAGGGAACUACGGGAGGAACUGGAGCCCGAGGUGGUGCCGGUGGCGGCCGAGGCCCUGCCCCGAAUUUUGGGGGAAUUUUGGGAUUCCCCAAAUUCCCCAUCCCCCGACCCCAAAUCCUGGUUCGUGCUGGAGACGCUGCUGGAGGCGCUGGGUGAGGGGGUGCAGCCGUGGCUGCCUCAGGUGCUCCCCCGGAUUUCGGCGGCUCUGGAGGCGCCGGCGGGUGGGGAGUUGGGGCUGAGCGCCCUCCACGCCCUGGCCUGCAGCUGCGGCUCUCUGCCCCUCCCCCCCUCCAUCAUCGCCACCGUCUCCGCUCUGGCCCGGGGGGGGGAACAGCAGCUCCAGGCCCUGGAGGUCAUGGCCGCCCUGGGCCCCGCCCAGGUGGGGGAGGGGCUGUUGGAGGCGCUGCAGGUCGGGCUGGGAUUGGCCGAGAGCGGCGACAGCGACGCCACGCGGGUCACUUUGGCGCUGCUGGCGGCCGUCUCGGAGCUGUUGGGGGAGGGGACGGCGCCGCUGCUGCCGCGAGUGCUGCCGCUCCUGCAGGGGGCGCUGCGGCCCCCCCCGGCACUGCCCCCCUCCGACGCUCCUGAUUGGCUGCUGGGUUUCCAUGACGACGAGGAGGGGGCGGAGCCAAUGGAGGAGGAUGACGUCAACGAGUGGGCGGAGCCUGAGCAGGCGGAAGUGGGCGGAGCUUUCCCCGGAUUGGCUGAGGCGGCUCUGGGGGCGUUGGGGGAACUGGCGGAGAACUGCGGCUCCGCGCUGCUGCCCCACCUGGAGCCCCUCCUGGCGGCCAUCUUGGAUCUGACCCAGUUCCCCCAGUGCCGCGUCAGAGGCGCCGCCUACGAAGCCCUGGGGAGCCUCAGCUGCUGCGGGAGGGGGCCGCAAACUGGCCCCUCCCCCCCCCACCAGGGGGCGUUCCGGGCCCUGCUGGAGGGGCUGCGGGCGGAGCCGGAAGUGGGCGGGGCCUUGGGGGCGGUGGGCGGGGUCGGGCGGAUCCUGCAGCCCCCAGGCCACGCCCCCGCGGAAUGGCUGGAGCCCAUUGGCCGAGCCCUGUGUGACGUCAUCGCCGGGCAGAUCGCCUGUUUGAGAGCGAAUGGGGACGGUGACGAUGAGGAGGAGACCUCUCAGCGCUCCGAACUCCGCGAGACCGCCUCCGAUUGGCUGCCGGAAGUGGGCGUGGCCAUGUCGCGGGUGGGCGUGGCCGGGACCGGAAGGGGCGUGUCCUUCCCGCCCCGCCUCUUCCGCCGAAUCCUCCCCUCCCUAUUGGCCGCUCUGGCUGACCCCGCCCACCCGGGGGCGCGGUCCUGGGCGGGGGCCGUGAUUGGCCAGCUGGGCCACGCCCUCGGCGCCGAGGCCACGCCCUUUCUGCCGGAUUUGGUUCCCGCCUUCCGAUUGGCCGCCGGCGACGCCGACCCCGAGGUCAGGGCCAACGCCUUCUACGCCAUUGGUCGGAUCGGAGAGGCCGUGGGACACGCCCACCAGGAGGGGGCGUGGCCGGGGGCGGAGCUUUGCUGCCACGCCCUCCGGGGGGAGGGGCCGGGGCGGGUCCGGGACAACAUUUUGGGGGCGUUGGUGCGACAGAGGGGGGCGCCCCUCCCGCAGGUGCUGCCGCUGGUUUUGGGGGCGUUGCCGAUUUCGGAGGAUUUCGAGGAGGAGGAGCCGGUGCUGAAAUUCCUUCUGGGGGCGGGGCCGGACCAGCUCCUCCCUCACCUCCCGAAAUUCGUCGGCGCCGUCGGUCCCGGUCUGGCCCUGCAGCGCCUCCCGCCAGAGCUCAGCCAAUCACUGCUGGCGCUGCUCCGGCAGAUGGGCGGGGCCGACCCGCGGCACUUCCGGGAGGGCGUGGCCUCCCUUGACCCCGCCCACGCCGCCAUCUUGGGCCGGAUGCUGGAUGACGUCAUCGGCGGCCAAUAAAAAUAAAGGAUGAU